AUGCCAACCGUGAUCGUGGCACACUUUAAAACAAAUAUAUACGAGUAUCUUGAAGCUUUACAAAAAUCUACCCUUGACAAGUUAUACGAAGAGCCAGCAACAUGCUUGGCCAUAUUCAGACUCCUUCCAUCAUUAGCGAGGCAGUUGGUAAUGUCUUUGCUAUUUUCCACUCAAAUUAUGAGUAAGGCUGAUUUAAGACAAUGUAUUAAGAAUGACAAAGAAUCAAUGUCGAAAUUUGAGGAAGCUUUAGACAAAUUACAGAAAUUGCAUAUUAUGAUUGAACAAGAAAACAAAACAAUAGCUUUAAAUUCCUCAUUUAAGCAAAAAUUCCAAGAAUGCUUAACCGGAGGUGGAACACACCAAAGCUUUGGAAGACUGUAUAAUAAACAUAGUCAAAGUAAUUCACAUAAGCUACCAGAUAUUAAAUUAUUAGAUGAACAUGCAAAGACAAAAUGGGAAGAGAUUUUACAUUUCAUGGUCGGGACUGAUCGGAUGAAUUCACCAGGAGCUUCUGUAUUAAAAGUUGUUACUAAAGCUAAUUUGAUGAGAGAAAAGGAGGGGAAAGGCCUAGAAAUAACAAAUAAAGGGUUUCAAUUUUUGUUACAAGAUGUUAAUACACAAGUAUGGGCUUUUUUAAUUCAAUAUUUAGAUCUAGCUAGUGAGAUGUUACAUAUGAAUGUUGUUGAAGUAUUGAAUUUUUUUUUCAUGCUAGGAAGUCUGGAAUUAGGGCAGGAUUAUUCAGUUGAGGGAUUAACAGAUACGCAACGACAACUACUUGAUGACUUAACAAACUAUGGACUUAUCUAUAGACAAAAAAAAAGCUCAAAAAGAUAUUUUCCGACACGUCUUGCUACCACAUUAACGUCAGGAAACUCGGCCAUUGUAUCAAAUGCCGCGUCUAGUAACCUUACAGAUGAUGAUGAUAGUGCCACAGAACAAGGAUUUAUUAUUGUCGAAACCAAUUAUAAACUAUAUGCCUAUACAAAUUCACAAUUACAAAUUUCGGUAUUGAAUUUAUUUUGUAAUCUUCAGUAUCAAUUUUCUAAUAUGGUGACUGCGGAAAUAACUCGAGAGAGUGUGAGAAAAGCAUUGAAGCAUGGUAUUACCGCAAGCCAAAUUAUAUCGUAUUUAACAUCACAUGCUCAUCCACAAAUGAAAAAACGACCAGCCUUGCUACCGUCAACUGUAGUUGACCAAAUUCAAUUAUGGGAGAUGGAACUCAAUCGAUUGGUCAUUACUAAUUGCUACUUGUAUAAAGAGUUUCGUACAUUUGCCGACUAUGAAGUUGUUUUAAAACAUGCAAACACUUUAGGAGUAGUAGUUUGGUCAAGUGAUUCGAAAAGAAUGAUCGGAAUCGCCGAAGCGGGUCAUGAGCGUGUAAAGGCUUUUAUUAAAAGAAAGAUUGUACAAAGAAGAAGUAAUGGGGGUGAUACAACUAGUAGCGCUAGUGGUACUCCUGCAAGAUAA